UUAGGGGUGUGCAUCACGUGCAUCGUGAACCUACUUGAUUAUGUAAGCGUGUUCCCAAAUAAUCCCCUACAGCGCCAACGUCAACGGCACAACUGCUUGUCCAGUGCCCUCCAACUCUACAACCUUUCUCGAGCCCAAUCAUGGAAGACGGUACGGACAUCGCCUUCGCCUCUUCGCCUUCAGUAUCAGCACUUCAGUAAUUACCGCCUGCGCUCUUUUCACCUACGACGUCUUGGUUGUGUUGCGGACAAUUGGACGACGUGUAAACUGCAUCGCCUCGCCUGGCUCGCGGCGUCACUUUCAUGUUCGACGAGACGCAGUCACCCAAAACAGCUGCUGCAUAUGCUCUGCGGAUGCAGCGCGGCGCUUUGGUCGGCACUGUCUUUCAUGUUUUCCUGGCUUUCUUCGACUUUACUAAGAUAUGAUACGAUACUCCGACUCGUUUUCUCUCACUUGCGCCUACGACCACCCACUUCUUCACCAUUCCGCGGAUCUUAUGUCAAUAACGCCCUACUCACACCUGCCUACAGCCUGGCAGUCGCAAGAUUCCGCUACGACUGGGAUCCACUUUCCCGCUGAGACGCCGCUUGCCGAUGGUGGUGAAACGUGGGGUGCCAACGGCCGGGACCGUGAUAGUCGUGAUGAACGCGACGGACGGCGCGGUCGCAGUCGCAGUCGCAGCCCUGCGCGCGAGAGCGCUGGACAGAACCCGGGCAACAACCUUCACGUGUCUGGUCUUAGCCACCGACUCGAGACCCGCGAUUUGGAAGCUGCGUUCGCCAAGAUUGGUCGCGUUCAAAAGGCGUCGAUUAUGUACGACCCUCACACCCGUGAUUCGCGCGGCUUUGGAUUUGUGACAAUGGAGACUCCGGAGGAAGCUGAUGCCGCGAUCGCGUCAUUGAACGGAACUGAGCUCGCGGGGAAGACUCUCAAUAUCCAGAAGGCUCGUCGCGGUCGUGCUCGCACGCCGACUCCGGGUCGUUACUAUGGCCCUCCCAAAAGAGACGGUAGCUUGUGUUUCAAUUCCAUCCUUCUUGGCUUGACGUGCUUGGCAGAUGAGCGCCCGUACGACCCUCGGCCAUACGACUCUCGGUACAGUCGGGAUAAUGACGACCGCCGUCGCGGAGGCCUCUAUGACGAUCAUCGUGACAGACGUGACUACGACAGACGCGACUACGACCGCAGAGACGACUAUCGUGGGCGCGACUAUGAUCGCGAUGACAGAGACCGCAGGAGCCGUUACGAUGAUCGCCGCUACUAA